AUGGACGUCCACAGACGGGCACUCUGGAUGAGGCGUUUUGAAGCCUACCUGACCCAGGCCAGGGGACUGAGCGCCGGCCAUGUUCCCAAUGGCGACGACAUUGCUCGCUUUAUAGAGACUGUCGCCACCAAGAUGACCCCGCCCAAGCGAGAUAAGCCUGUCGAAUGCAGGCGUAUCGACACCGUGCUUGACACCCUCGCCAAGGAGGGCAAGCUGACAACUGGGGUGUGGGCGGAGCGCCGCCAGGCUGGCUUCGCCAUCGUCCGCCUCAUAGGCCAGGCCUGGUUUGCCAGUUGUCUGGACCACGGUUGUUUAUCCUGGGACGUGGCCAUCUCACGCUUCCUCGCCAUCAGCCUGAUAACUGCCUGUGCAGCACGCUCAGGGGACAUUGUGCGCUCGCGUUGUUACACGGGCUCCGAGUGCUUGCGGUGGGAACACAUCGAACUCGUCCUCCCUGCUGGUCGCGAGGACCAACAACCCCCGAUCCAAGACAUGACUGCCAAGGUCACCAUUGCAUACGAGAAAGGCAAAAACUACGUUUUAUCAUGCUCAAACGUCCGAAACGUAGACAGGGUGGUCAUCAUCAAAGCUUUGGACGACGGCCAAGGCAACAAUACCAUCUGCCCCAUCAGACUUAUCCUGAUCCAUGCCCUUCGGACCGGCCAUGUCGCUCACACCUCAGUCGCGUCACUCCUGGGGUCGCUCCAGUCGACGACGCAGAGCCGCACGGUCCGGUGGGUAGACGAAUUUGACCCGGUCAUUCCAGCAGCCACGGCGUCCGGGACCUCGCUUGACUUUACCAAGCCUGCCGCGGGCCAACAGCACCCCUUUCCAGACAUCAGGGCCGGCGCUGCACGGGAUAUUGCGUCCCUGCCACCUGGUUCGGUUAAAGGUGUGGGGGGUGCGGUGGUGGCAAAGGCCAUUGGCCACAGUCAUAAGACACUGAGUAGCGGGGCGACAGAUCGGUACAUUGGCGGCAUCAACACGGCGCUCAACAAGCUGGUUGCUGCUAACCAGCAACCCCAGGCGGAUGAUAAUGCGUUUGGCCUCAAGGUUGCUGAGCAGGGUUACAGGAGGCUCCCUGUCACAAAGGCCGAGAUUGACAUGUUCUGUCUGGAAAACGGCAUCGACCCUGCGCCCGGGGCCAAAAGGAAGUGGGCGCGGGAGAGGAUCCUAGAGGACAACCAGGCGCACUGGGCCCAGAGGCAUAGAGACAAGCUAUAUGCACCCCCGGAGGCUCGCCCCGACCCCCCCAGGUCGCCACAGGAACCCAAGGCCUUGGCCACAGGCGUGGUACUCAGCCUCACCGCCGCCGCAGCAGCAGCAGCCCCCGAGAGAGACCCCCUUGGGCCAAGGUCACCGAACCUCCCACCACCCGCCAAGAAGCAGCGGGUCAAGGCUGCUGCUGCCGCCGCCGCCGCCGCCGCUGCCGCAGCAGCAGGAAAAGAAGGAACAGGGUUGGGCGUCGUCCAAAACCAGCCGCCAUCUUACCCCGCCGGCGAGCAGCCUGCCCAUGCCACACCAGACGCACUGAUCGAUCCGAGAUUGCUCAGGGAGUCCAUUGACACCGCGCUGCGCAAGGACGGCGUCUCGGGCAACGUGCUGGACCAUAUCCCGGUGGACCUCACCCAAGCCGCCGCACUCGACUCGUUGGUCCUCGGCGGCGGCAGCACUGCUGUGAGUGGAGAGGGUGGUGACUCGCUGGCCCAGCAGCAACUCGCCGACCGCGUCGAGGACUGUGUCAUUGACCAAGCCAUCGAGGAACUCGCCGGAGAAAAGGAGGAGGAGGGCGCCGGUAGCAACCCCGACCAGACACGGCCCAAAAGCACGGCAGCUAUACUUGGCCUCCCCGGUGCACAGUUUGUCGACUACUUUGCCAGGAUAAACGUCGUACGCAACCAUGGGCUGGUCGAGGACUCGCUCAAGCACGGCGACAGCGCCUUUGAGCGACAUGUUGGCAUGGGCAACUAUCGCGACAAGCCUAUCAUGUACCUUAUACGCUGCCCAAAUGCUCCUCUUGGUUGUGCCUAUAGUCACCAGUUCUCGACGAACGUCAACAGACACACCAUCACCUGCAACAAGAGGCUACAGAGACAAGCCCUCCUAGAGGUUUCCAAGGAGCAGCAUGAUGAUGGUGAUGAUGGUGAUGACGAUGAUGCUGUCAAGGUGCAAGACGGUGGCGCCAGCAAUGACAGACCCUUUGCAUGUGACCGUGAGGGCUGCGACAAGCGCUAUGCUAAGGAGAGCAUCCUGCGCAUGCACAUCAGGAAUACCCACGACUGGAUCCCCAAGAAAUGCAUGCGUCCUGAGUGCCCGAAGCCAGACAUCCUUUGGGCAAGUUCCUCUCAGUACAGUACUCACAUCAGCAAGGAUCACCAUGAGGGUUGGACGCCGUCCACAUGUAUCGUGCCGGGUUGCCAGUCGACACACGUCUUUGGGAACAGGCUUGCGUACAGAGGACACCUCGAAGUUGUCCAUAAGCUACGCGCAGAAGAGCACCGGCAUUAUCUUCCGAUCAAGACCAAGCCCCCAGCAACGUGGCCCAGAGGCUGCCCCGUAGCAGGAUGCAGUUCUACCUCCAAGUUCCAGAAUACAACAAAGCUGACAAGGCACCUCAGAGGACCGCACAAGCUUGGAGAUGACGAGAUCAAGUCACUUCUCGAGGUCAGCAAGGCGUCUUGA